AUGUGUUAUAGUACUAGUGCAAAACCCGCAAAUACAGGCAGUAUUUCGGGCGGAAAUUUGAGAAAAACCCGAAUUUAAUUAUCCAAAAUGAAAUAAAAACUCGAUAAAAUUGUAUCAAUAUGAUUUAGUAAAAAAUAACGGCAAUUAAAAAUAGUAUAACGUUUUAGUUUUUAAUAACUUUAAAAAAGGUACAACCUGGAAAAAUAUAUCUUGGGAAAAUCUGACCGUAGCAUAUGCUACGGUUGCAACGGUCUGAAUCCGCCCCUGAAUUCCAACUCCUGGCUAAAACAGCCAUAUUUUUUGAGAUCUGCAUGCGAAGUUUGCUCAAUCAUAUAUGUACCCAUGACAAGACUUUAAACAUAGCCUUAAAUGUAAAAUGGUCAUAAUUUUUUCUUCUCUUUUAAGUACCUAAAAGUGGACCUAAUAUCACACAGAUUAAUGCAACCAGCUCAACUUCAAUCGCCGUUACAUGGGGAGAGGUACCUGCAGAGGAUACCAAUGGAAAUAUAACUCACUACUUUCUUUGUUAUAAAGUUCAAGCAACUUCAAAUAAUAAUUGUUCGAAUAUGAAACGAGUUGACGGUGUUAAUAACAGGAGCACUGUAUUAAAUAACUUGAACGAGUUUACCACCUACGUUGUCGCUAUUAAAGCUGCUACGUCAAAGGGAGCUGGACCACCUGGGCUAACGAAAAUCGCAAGAACAUCCGAAGAUGGUCAGUACUAACUGAGUGUAUCAUUUACAAUUCGUGCGGGGUACAUGUGUCGUUUGCUAAAUUAUCACAAACACAUGCAUAUGCAGCAAUCCUUCGUAUAUAUUUUCCAAACAUUGGUAUAACACGAAGUAUUGGUAGUUGCCCAUCAAUGAACGUAUAUAGGCUCGUUUUGUGGUAUGAUGUCACGAUGUUUUCAAUUUAAUAAUAUUUUUUUUGUAAAAAUGGCAAAUAUAGUCGAAAGGUUAUUACUUUUAACUAUAUACAAAAAUCAAUUUCGGAAAUAUGUUCUUUAGGUAUGUCAUUUUGUAGUUUUUAUGUUUUGAUUGAAGGUAAAAAUUAAGCAGAGAAGCUUCGUGUAAGUAGUACAACUCGUGCAGUAAAGUGCUUUUGGUGACAAAUUCUUUUGAGUUAUCUUAAUAAAAUAAAAUAAGCUCAAAUUGUUGUUUGAUUUGAGUAAUUACUUACGUUUUUUCUUAAACUAAACGGAGUAAUUUUACAGCUACAUUGAAAAGGAAAGCAGCGCAUCUUUUACGCGAAAGGUGAAAGAAACAAAAUUCGCAAACAUUUAGAUUCAAAGCAUGCAUGACUUGUCUUAUACUUCUUAUAAUUCUCGAUUGCAAUUAUUAUCUCAGUUCUUCUUAUAUACUUCUCGAAAAGAAAAUUGCUUGAAAGGUCCAUGUGUGAAACGAUUUUCAUCGAUUGAAAAUUGAAAUAUGUUUAUCCCCCUCCUGGCUAAAACAGCCAUAUUUUUUGAGAUCUGGGAUAUUUGCCCAAUCAUAUACCCAUGACAAUUAGACUUUAAACAUAGCCUUCAAUGUAAAAUGGUCAUAAUUUUUCUCUUCUCUUUUAAGUACCUAAAAGUGGACCUAAUAUCACACAGAUUAAUGCAACCAGCUCAACUUCAAUCGCCGUUACAUGGGGCGAGGUACCUGCAGAGGAUACCAAUGGAAAUAUAACUCACUACUUUGUAUGUUAUCAAGUUCAAACAACUUCAAAUAAUAAUUGUUCGAAUAUAAAACGAGUUGACGGUGUUAAUAACAGGAGCAUUGUAUUAAAUAAUUUGAACGAGUUUACCACCUACGUUGUCGCUAUUAAAGCUGCUACGUCAAAGGGAGCUGGACCACCUGGGCUGACGAAAAGCGCAAGAACAUCCGAAGAUGGUAAGUACUUACUGAGUGUAUGAUUUACAUAAAGUCAAUUCGUGCGGGGUACAUGUGUCGUUUGCUAAAUUAUCACAAACACAUGCAUUUGCAACAAUCAUUCGUAUAUAUUUUCCAAACAUUGGCAUAACACGAAGUAUUGGUAGUUGCCCAGCGUUGAACGUAUAGGCUCGUUUUGUGGUAUGAUGUCACGAUGUUUUCAAUUUACUAAAAAAUAUGUUUUUUUGUAAAAAUGGCAAAUAUAGUCGAAAGGUUAUUACUUUUAACUAUAUACAAUAAUCAAUUUCGGAAAUAUGUUCUUUAGGUAUGUCAUUUUGUAGUUUUUGUGUUUUGAUUGAAGGUAAAAUUUAAGGUGGUUGUACCCCUUUAAACCAUUUUUUUUUAUUUUUAAAGAUAAUAAAGUGAAAAUAUCAUUUUCUGAAAGGGUUAGGUCAAGUAAAAUGAACUAUGGAAAAAAAAAUUACCAAAGUCACUAAUUACACUAAUUAUCCAAUAUGGCGGCUCUUAAUUAGGCCAUAAUUGCCUAGCGUCGCAAACUUCAUAUCUCAUUAACCAAUUACCCAAAUUUAAUGAGUGAUAUAUUUUUUAAAAGCUUAGGACCUCAUCUAUUAUGUGACACUCUUCAUUUUUUUCCAGAAUUCAUUAAUAAAAAAUUUUAGAGCCAAAAAUGGAAUUUUGCAUUAUUGGUACUUUUAAUUGAAAUAUUUAUGAUGUAAUUUGUUAAUAAUUCAUCAAUAAUGGACAAUGUUGCAAUUUGAAGAGUGUCACACAAUGAACAAUGGUACAGACUAUAGAUGUGCAAAGUAUCAAGCUUCUAUAAUAAAAACCUAGAAAAUUACAUGGUUCCAAGUAUUGCUGACACACGUCAAAUUGCCAAAAAGAGAAAAUCCACUUUAAAAGUUUCAUUUACAGUUAAUGUACCUUAUAAAGCUUCAGAAGCCCCCUACUUCAUACAUAACACCUACUUUCUCUUCAGCCUCAUCUAUAUACUUUUUUCUCAGAUGCCCUAUUGUGUUUUUCAUCUACUUUUAAUUGUUUCUCUGCUUUCUUUUGGUGAGAAUGUAAUUUGUGAUUCAUCAUAUACGAUUGGCAUGUCCAGCAUGGUUGAUCUUACAGUGGCAACUAGCUUUCCACUCUUGAUAUUUUGGGUUGUUUUCUUUCUUUUGCCAUUUCUGACAUUUAUCUGACAGUAUUUCAUGUUCAUUAAGGCAUUUCUUGGUAUCUAAUGAUGGCGGAAACAACACCAUUGUGCGACACAUGGUCUUGUCUUUGCCAAGUUCCAUCAAGGGAAAUUCCACAUUCGCCUUUGUCAUUUCCACAAGUCUCUUUAACAAUUAUGGUAUUGUUUAGCAUGCUGUCAUUUGCCAACUGUUUCACAACAGGCAGCAGCUUGUUUAGCAUUUUUGUAAUGUUCCAGUUGGAUUAUGGUGAUUCCGUGAUGGCAUGUUCAUGACUUUGGCAUACUUUGGUGAAUGUUACCAUAGUAUUAUGGCCUCGACCAAUUUCUCUGAAUGCCAGGAGGCUGGAGGCCAAGGACAUUAACUUCAUAUGAUGGCCCCUUGGUUUUGUGAAGUAUGGAAGCAGCAUUUCCAUUCACACUCCAUGUUAUAACAUUGCAUGACAAUGUAAUGCGAGAAGCUAUUCUUCUUUUUCAAGUCAACAUGGGAAGUCAUGUUGUUCCCACACUCAAGGCAAUGAUUUCAGGACUUGAUUAAAAACGCCAAACAGAACUAACAAGUCCAUAAAUAUAGUACCUGCUUUAACAUAGUCAGUAUGACCAGGAUUGUAGCCAAACUUUACACUUACAUCGUCUAUUUUCAUCUUAGAUGGCUUAGGGUUUUGAUCAACAUGGUUCGCCGCCAUCUUGAAUUUCGUGGCCUUCUUUGACGGUGAAUUUCUUGCCUUUUUUCUCUUUCUAUUUCGAUUAUUUCCAAUAUUUUUAUCGAUAAUCACAAACAAAAUAACAGAACGAUACUAAUAUUCAACAAAGAACAGUAAUUUUCGUCUAAAUAAUCAGAAAUAACUAAGAUUUUCGACGCUAUGUUUACAGCCAGAGCUUUGCGAAUGACCGCGAAGUUGCUAUGAAAAAAGGGGUUGCCAUCAGUGCUCUCACAAUCAAAUUUUCGAAUUCCUUAGAAAAAGCUCGAAAAUUCCUCAGAUUUCCUUAAAAUUCCUUAAAUUGGUAAAAUUACCAGAAGGCCUGAUCACACAGUUGCAAAAAGUGUUUUUUUCCUCCUUUUUUCUGUUUUUCAGGUUUUAUAACCUUGUUUCUAAGCACUAAAAAUUGAAAACAUUUGAUUGUUAGCGUAAUGCCAUAAAGAAAACAUUCAACAUGAUGUAUUUUUGACCGUUGCUGCAUGAAGAGCUUAAAAAAUCUGUAGAUUUCAGAAGAAACAGCAUAUACUGACAUUUAACUUUUGAGAAUUUUAAUGAAAAGACCAGUGGCGGACACUUUACACAAAAUUUUUUUGGGGGGGGGCUCGUGCCGAAGGCACGGAAAAAUUUUAAAAUUUGAAUCCCGGAAAUGGCAUUUGCAGCGUUCUGAGAACACAUUUUGUAAAAGACUAGGGUUUCAAAACACUGUUUUAAGUUUUGUUAUAAAUCACAUGCCAUGAUGCUAAGCCAUGUACAGAAACAUAUACUAUUAUAUUAUGAUGACAAUUACGUUAUAUGAGUGUGAUUUGUGUUAUUUGGUACUGGAACAUAAGAACAUUUAUGACAUAGAGAACAUACGAAUAUUUAACAAUUAUUCGCCGAAGGCGAGGUGAUUAUCGGUGAAUAAAAACCGAGACGAAGUCGAGGUUUUUAUUCACGAUAAUCACCGAGCCUGAGGUGAAUAAUUGUUUUAGUAUAAUUUCAUAGGUGAUUAUUUGGAAAAAAAUAAGAAAAUACACAUUUCUUUGUCAUUUAAUUGACAAAAAGGCUUCGGCCGCCAUUUUGAAAAUCGCUUAGGUGAUUAUCGCGUAAUAAUCACCUCAACGGCAACCAAUCAGCGUGGAGAAUUUUCAAUAAUCACCUAUGUAAUUACACUAAAUGUAAUUAUGUGCGUAUAAUGUUGCUACUUUCAAGUUUAAAUCUCAUUUGCGUGGCGUGGUUAUCCUCCGUCCAACGUUUUUAGUCCAGGAUAAAAUGUUUCGGAAAUUCCUUAAAAAAAUCCUCAAAAACCUAAAUUCCUUAAAAAAAUCCCUAAAACUCUUCAAAAUUCCUAUUUUUAAGGAUAAUUCCUUAAAAGUGAGAGCACUGGUUGCCAUGUACAUGCAAAAUGAACCAAUCAAAUUGCAGCUAACAAAAAGGACCUUAAAAAGCAUACAUCAAAAGUAGAAACCACAAAAGACUCGGUUUUUUUAAUAAUUCAUGUGAAUUUUGGAUAAAAACUCGUUGCUAAGGUGUUGCUAGGGAGAAAAUUAUGGAUCAUGACCACUUUAAAAGCAUUUUUCGCAUUUAAUAAAUAAAAAUUUCAUAAAAAUAACUAUAAAUUCUGAAAGUACAAUACUUAAAAUAUAUAAAACACACUAAACCAAAAUUUUGAAGAAAUUUUGUAAAAUGACUUAAUAAAGGGAUACAAUUAAGCAGAGAAGCUUCGUGUAAGUAGUACAACUCGUGCAGUAAAGUGCUUUUGGCAACAAAUUGUUUUGAAUUAUCUUAAUAAUAUAAAAUAAGCUCAAAUUGUGGUUUGAUUUGAGUGAUUACUUAUGUUUUUUCUUAAACUAAACGGAGUAAUUUUACAGCUACAUUGAAAUUAAGGAAAGCAGCGCAUAUUUUACCGGAAAGGUGAAAGAAACAAAAUUCGCAAACAUUUAGAUUCAAAGCAUGACUUGUCUUAUGAUUCUCGAUUGCAAUUAUUAUCUCAAAUCUUCUAAUAUACUUUUUGGAAAAGAAAAUUGCUUGAAAGCUGCGUGUGUGAAACUGUUUUCAUCGCUUGAUAAUUGAAAUGUGUUUAUCCCACUCCUGGCUAAAACAGCCAUAUUUUUUGAGAUCUGGGAAGUUUGCCCAAUCAUAUACCCAUGACAAUUAGACUUUAAACAUAGCCUUAAAUGUAAAAUAGUCAUUAUUUUUCUCUUCUCUUUUAAGUACCUAAAAGUGGACCUAAUAUUACACAGAUUAAUGCAACCAGCUCAACUUCAAUCGCCGUUACAUGGGGCGAGGUACCUGCAGAGGAUACCAAUGGAAAUAUAACUCACUACUUUGUAUGUUAUAAAGUUCAAACAACUUCAAAUAAUAAUUGUUCGAAUAUGACACGAGUUGACGGUGUUAAUAACAGGAGCACUGUAUUAAAUAACUUGAACGAGUUUACCACCUACAUUGUCGCUAUUAAAGCUGCUACGUCAAAGGGACCUGGACCACCUGGGCUGACGAAAAGCGCAAGAACAUCCGAAGAUGGUCAGUACGGACUGAGUAUAUAAUUCAUAAUCCCUGCUACGCACAGGCGCCGUUGUUAAAUUGUUUAAUACAUGACUACCACAGACAUAUAUGUAUGCAUGCUGCAAGCCCUCGCAUAUAUUUUCCAAACUUUUAUUUAACAUGCGUGCAGUAUCAGUAAUCGCCGAUCACUAAACGCGUAGGCUAGCUUGUUAUGUUGCACGAUGGUACGAUAUUUUUUUAAUUUUUGAAAAUAUAUAUCUGUUCGUAAGAAUGGUAAAAUAGUUGAUUAUUAAAACUGUACUUUCAACUAUAUACAACAAUCAAUCGGAGAAAUAUAUUCUGUAGGUAUGUUAUUUUGUAUUUUGUCGGCUAUAUAUGAUUGAAUGUAAACUUUAAUCUGAAACGCUUCGUAAAUAAAAUUCAGGAAACUGCUUUUUCCUAUAAACAAUUGCGUAUAGCCAGCCCGAUAAUUAGCCCCGCUAUAUUCAAAUUCAAAGUUAUUACACCAUUAUUCUUUUCUUUUCAAAUUGAUUCUUUCCACAAUCAAUAUACACGAAAACAUUGGGAUAUAGCGGGAAUAAAUCGUCGGGCUAUACAUGGCUAAGCUACUGUCUUUAAACUAUUUCGAAUUAUUUUAGUAACAGAAAAUAAGUUCAAAUUAUUGAUUGAUUUCAGUAAUUUGUCGCGUUUUUUUUCUAAAUCUGAACCGGGUUAUUUUACAGCAAAAUUGAAAACGAAAUCAGUGCUAUCUUAAAAUAGAUACUGAUGCCCAGCAGAAAAUACGUAAAAGAGCCAUAACAAAAAUAAAAUUGAAAAUAUUUAUUAGAUAGCUAACGUUUCGUCGUUAACUUAAGACAUCUUCAGAGCAAUGAGAUAUAAAGCGGAAAACACAGAAAUAUGAAUAAAUUACAACAAUUUACCAGAAAUUAUAUUACAAAUGUAUAAAGAAGAGCGGAUCAGAGUAAAAGUAGAGGAACCAAACUGCCUUGUAAGUUGAGACAGGGGUUGAGUUUGUUAAUGAGAAUUAGACUUUCUCGAAUGAGGAGUUCGUCUGGAGUGGAGCAACAAGAAAUAAUCUUAAAGUCAUUAAGAGAAGCGGAGUGACCAGUAAGAUUAUUUCUUGUUGCUCUUCUCUAGACGAACUUCUCAUUCGAGAAAGUCUUCUCAUUAACAAACUCAAACCCUCUCUCAACUAACAAGGCAAUUCGGUCCCUCUACUUCUCCUCUGAUCCACUCUUCUUUCUACUUUUGUAAUAUAAUAUCUUGUAAAUAGUUGUAAUUUAUUCAUAUUGGUAUGGUUUCCGCUUUGUAUCUCAUUGCUCUGAAGAUGUCAAAAAUUAAAGACGAGACGUUAGCUUUCUAACAAAUUUUUAAAAUUUAUUUUUGUUCUGGCUCUGUUACAUAUUUUCUGCUGGGCAUUAAUAUUUAUCUUAAGAUUACGAUUUCCGCCUGGUUCAUCUAUCGUAAGUAUUUUGAAAUCAGAUUAUGUUGGGUGCGAUAGGUGAAAGCAAAAAAAUUGAUAAAAUAUUUACGUUCAAAACAAACUUGUCCUAUAUUUCGCGAUUGCACUUAGUUUAUCAAUUCUUUUUAUUUCUCGAAAAGAAAUUUCGGAAAGGCGAUUUUCAUCAAUUGAAGAUCGAAAUAGUGGUUAUCGCACUCCUGGCAAACAGUCAUGUUUUCUAGAUCGUUGACGCAGUUCGCCCGAAUACACAAAGGACGAGACUUUUGACUCUGCUAUAAAGGAUCGUAACUUUUGUUUUCUCUUUUAAGUUCCUAAAAGUGGACCUAAUAUUACACAGAUUAAUGUCACCAGUUCAACUUCAAUCGCCGUUACAUGGGGAGAGGUACCUGCAGAGGAUACCAAUGGAAAUAUAACUCACUACUUUGUAUGUUAUCAAGUUCAAACAACUUCAAAUAAUAAUUGUUCGAAUAUGAAACGAGUUGACGGUGUUAAUAAUAGGAGCACUGUAUUAAAUAAUUUGAACGAGUUUACCACCUACGUUGUCGCUGUUAAAGCUGCUACGUCAAAGGGAGCUGGACAACCUGGGCUGACGAAAAGCGCAAGAACAUGCGAAGAUGGUAAGUACGAACUGAGUGUAUAAUUUACAUAAAGUCAAUUCGUGCGGGGUACAUGUGUCGUUUGCUAAAUUAUCACAAACACAUGCAUUUGCAGCAAUCAUUCGUAUAUAUUUUCCAAACAUUGGUAUAACACGAAGUAUUGGUAGUUGCCCAGCGUUGAACGUAAAGGCUCGUUUUGUGGUAUGAUGUCACGAUGUUUUCAAUUUACUAAAAAAUAUGUUUUUUUGUAAAAAUGGCAAAUAUAGUCGAAAGGUUAUUACUUUUAACUAUAUACAAUAAUCCAGUGGCGAAGCUGAGGGUAUUUGACUAGUCAUGCUCUAAGACUCGCACAGGCUAGGUCCAGGGGCAUGCACCCCCGGGAACAUUUUGAUUUUCGAAGUCUGGAAUGGCCAUUUCCUGCGAUUUCAGGGUGAAAUUCAUGCAAAGAGAGCAACAAAAAAGUGUGAUAUAAAGAGGAAAAUUCUUAAUACUUUUUGUUUUUGAAAUUUGUAUUUCCACAAAAUUUAAUUUUGCUUCACUAUAUAUAGUUCAACUUAACUGAAAAUGUCGCUCAAUAUAGCCAAUAUUGGCAGAAGAAAGAGGAGAAUAUUGUAUGUGUAUAUUUUAAUACCCUUCUGUAAUACGAUCUUUCAUUUGGAAUUGCGUAAGGGGUUGGAUUGCGAAAGGUCAACUGUAGUAUACUAUAGUAUAGUGUCUACAAGGACCUUGUAAAUCUGAAGCAGAAACCUAAUGUUGAAACUUGAAAGAUACUUUGUUUAGAUAUUUGGUAUAUCUGUAAACCUCCAAUUAUAUAAGCACUCAUGAAUAAAGCAAAUGAACUGGUAGUAAAUAUAUUUAUAUAUCAAUAGGAAAGGUCUUCACAAAUCUUGUUUAUAUUCGCCAUUUAUAUAUACAGUAGAAUAAACAAUCGAGUCUGUUCACAUGCAUUUCGUGAGCUAAAAUAUCUUGUUAGAAGCCAGAAAUAUUCUAUCCAAAUCAACAUGGCCUUCCUAUGAUUCACUCGAUUGACGUUGGUCAAUUUCCAUAGAUACAUAACCAAGAUCACUUGAAUAAAUCUCGACAGAAUUGCUGAAUAAUUUACGGCAUUUAACUCGGUCGUGCUUUCGAAGAUGAGCACGACCAGAAGACAAAAUUCGGCGAGAUACGCAUGCGCGAGGAGCAAUUUAGCCAAUAGAAUGCGUUGGAAUUUAUAAUUUAGUCGUGCUCGCCUGACGAGAGCACGACUAACGGGCGGAUUACCCAUUAGUCGUGCUAUUAACCCGCAGUCGGGUGAAACUACGCAAUCAUACCUUCAAUUGGUUUAAAAUCAUGGCAAAAUCACCGUAUUUGAAAGGAUUUCGCACUUAAUAGAUGACGCAAGUGUACGAUGAAUCAUUUUUAAAAUUUUGGGGGAAUUUUUUUGUAAGACUAUAAAAUUAUUUUCUUUGAAAAAUUUUUACUCGUGCUCAGCACGACCAGCACGACCUCUAGCUUCGCCACUGCAAUAAUCAAUUUCGGAAAUAUGUUCUUUAGGUAUGUCAUUUUGUAGUUUUUGUGUUUUGAUUGAAGGUAAAAUUUAAGCAGAGAAGCUUCGUGUAAGUAGUACAACUCGUGCAGUAAAGUGCUUUUGGCAACAAAUUGUUUUGAAUUAUCUUAAUAAUAUAAAAUAAGCUCAAAUUGUGGUUUGAUUUGAGUGAUUACUUAAGUUUUUUCUUAAACUAAACGGAGUAAUUUUACAGCUACAUUGAAAUUAAGGAAAGCAGCGCAUAUUUUACCGGAAAGGUGAAAGAAACAAAAUUCGCAAACAUUUAGAUUCAAAGCAUGACUUGUCUUAUGAUUCUCGAUUGCAAUUAUUAUCUCAAAUCUUCUAAUAUACUUUUUGGAAAAGAAAAUUGCUGGAAAGCUGCGUGUGUGAAACUGUUUUCAUCGCUUGAUAAUUGAAAUGUGUUUAUCCCACUCCUGGCUAAAACAGCCAUAUUUUUUGAGAUCUGGGAAGUUUGCCCAAUCAUAUACCCAUGACAAUUAGACUUUAAACAUAGCCUUAAAUGUAAAAUAGUCAUUAUUUUUCUCUUCUCUUUUAAGUACCUAAAAGUGGACCUAAUAUUACACAGAUUAAUGCAACCAGCUCAACUUCAAUCGCCGUUACAUGGGGCGAGGUACCUGCAGAGGAUACCAAUGGAAAUAUAACUCACUACUUUGUAUGUUAUAAAGUUCAAACAACUUCAAAUAAUAAUUGUUCGAAUAUGAAACGAGUUGACGGUGUUAAUAACAGGAGCAUUGUAUUAAAUAACUUGAACGAGUUUACCACCUACGUUGUCGCUAUUAAAGCUGCUACGUCAAAGGGAGCUGGACCACCUGGGCUGACGAAAAGCGGAAGAACAUCCGAAGAUGGUAAGUACUAACUGAAUGUAUAAUUUACAAUUCGUGCGGGGUACAUGUGUCGUUUGCUAAAUUAUCACAAACACAUGGAUAUGCAGUAAUCCUUCGUAUAUAUUUUCCAAACAUUGGUAUAACACGAAGUCUUGGUAUAGUUGCCCAGCAUUGAACGUAUAGGCUCGUUUUGUGUUAUGAUGUCACGAUGUUUUCAAUUUACUGAAAGAUAUGUUUUUUUGUAAAAUGGCAAAUAUAGUGGAAAGGUUAUCACUUUUAACUAUAUACAACAAUCAAUUUCGGAAAUAUAUUCUUUAGGUAUGUCAUUUUGUAGUUUUUGUGUUUUGAUUGCAGGUAAAAUUUAAGCAGAGAAGCUUCGUGUAAGUAGUACAACUCGUGCAGUAGGUUCUCGAAAAUGGCGGUAAACCGUUAAUCAAAUUACUGGUAGAGGAUCUAGGUCGGAAAAUAUUAGUAAUGUUAUCGAUCCAGAAAUUAUGAAUGCUUACUUCCAAGGUAUAAACACUGAUAAUGAGUACGUGAGACCUGAUCCAUUGACAAUCCCUGAAGGAACUCGAGUUCCAACUGUUGACAUCAAAACUGUUGAAAACUUUAUGAUGAGACAAAAACAAACAUCGCCUGGUCCGGAUGCUAUUCCGUAUUGGGUUUGGAGGGGUUUUGCCUGCUAUCUUGCACCAGUUCUGACAAAUGUAUUAAAUUCUUCUAUGAGACAGCAGCGUGUACCUAGUAUGUGGAAGCUAGCGAAUCUAAGCCCAUUACCUAAGGAAUCUCCGUUAACCGAAUGCGAUCAAUUGAGUCCAAUAUCGUUGACUAAUGUUAUUAUGCGACUCUUCGAAAGGAUCAUAUUUCAAGAAGAGAUUCGUCAUCCCUCAAAAUUGUAUAUUGAUAAGAACCAGUAUGCUUAUAGGGAAAACUCGAACACUACUGCAGCUCUGAUAAAGUGCCAGCAUCAUUGGCUAAAAUGGUUAGACGAUAAGGCUAACUUCAUUCGGGUAAUAUCCUUCGAUUUCAGUAAAGCGUUUGAUAGCGUCCCCCACGAUAUUUUAACACAGAAAUUGAAAUCAACAAAUCUUAAUCCAUAUAUUAUCAAUUGGCUCAUUAAUUUUAUAUCGUGUAGGAAACAGAUAGUUACUGUAGAUGGAACUGUUACCAAUUUUGUUAAUAUCAACAAAGGAGUACCUCAAGGUACAGUUCUUGGCCCUUCUUAUUUUCGUUAAUGGUCAACGACAUUGAAGCCAAACAUCCACAAAGGAACAAUUUGGUCGAGUUUGCAGAUGAUUUAACAGUGAGUGUUCCUGUCACAUCGUCUGGUGACUCGGCUUUGAACUUUCGGCUAAAUGAACUUACUAAAUUGUUCGAUUCAUUGAUUCUGUCGUUAUUUUACUAUGCAAUUGAAGUAUGGGGAUCGGCUUUGCAAGCGAAAUACAUUGAUAAAUUCAACAAGUUUCUCAAUCGUGCUUUCCGAUAUGGAUACACUCAGAAUAAAUAUUCAAUGGCCAAGAUGAUUGAGGAGAGGGAUCGAUUAUUGUUCAAUAAGGUCAUGCACAAUCCUGAACAUUGCCUAUAUGAGUUGUUACCGGAAGAACGUCGACGACCUUUAAGAGAACGCGAUCAUCAACUUAUGUUACCAAAAGUUUACACAGAAUGUUUUAAACAAUCAGUUUUGAACAAGUGUCUUUUUAACGACUUUUAGUUUUAAAAUUUUGUUAUAUACGAUAUAUAAUAUUAACUAUAAUGCAUGUAAAUAAUUUAAUUUAGAAAUAAUACUAAAUUUGUAAAUAAUCUAAUUAACAUUUCUCAUAUGCACUGAACGUUUUAAUAAUUACUAUAUAUAUUUAUAUAUAUCUUAUAUGCACUGUAAAGAUGCACGUUUGUUGCAACUUCAAUUUUUAAUAAAGACGUAUAAUAGUAAAGUGCUUUUGGCGACAAAUUGUUUUGAAUUAUCUUAAUAAAACAAGACAAGCUCAAAUUGUUCUUUGAUUUGAGUAAUUACUUACGUUUUUUCUUAAACUAAACGGAGUAAUUUUACAGCUACAUUGAAAGCAGCGCAUAUUUUACGCGAAAGGUGAAAGAAACAAAAUUCGCAAACAUUUAGAUUCAAAGCAUGACUAGUCUUAUAAUUCUCGAUUGCAAUUAUUAUCUCAAUUCUUCUUAUAUACUUCUCGAAAAGAAAAUUGCUUGAAAGCUCCGUGUGUGAAACGAUUUUCAUCGAUUGAAAAUUGAAAUGUGUUUAUCCCACUCCUGGCUAAAACAGCCAUAUUUUUUGAGAUCUGGGAAGUUUGCCCAAUCAUAUACCCAUGACAAUUAGACUUUAAACAUAGCCUUAAAUGUAAAAUGGUCAUAAUUUUUCUCUUCUCUUUUAAGUACCUAAAAGUGGACCUAAUAUUACACAUAUUAAUGCAACCAGCUCAACUUCAAUCGCCGUUAGAUGGGGCGAGGUACCUGCAGAGGAUACCAAUGGAAAUAUAACUCACUACUUUGUAUGUUAUAAAGUUCACACAACUUCAAAUAAUAAUUGUUCGAAUAUGACCCGAGUUGACGGUGUUAAUAACAGGAGCACUGUAUUAAAUAAUUUGAACGUGUUUACCACCUACGUUGUCGCUGUUAAAGCUGCUACGUCAAAGGGAGCUGGACCAGCUGGGCUGACGAAAAUCGCAAGAACAUCCGAAGAUGGUCAGUACGAACUGAGUGUAUAAUUCAUAAUCCCUGCUACGCACAGGCGCCGUUGUUAAAUUGUUUAAUACAUGACUACCACAGACAUAUAUGUAUGCAUGCUGCAAGCCCUCGCAUAUAUUUUCCAAACUUUUAUUUAACAUGCGUGCAGUAUCAGUAAUCGCCGAUCACUAAACGCGUAGGCUAGCUUGUUAUGUUGCACGAUGGCACGAUAUUUUUUUAAUUUUUGAAAAUAUAUAUCUUUUCGGAAGAAUGGCAAAAUAGUUGAUUAUUAAAACUGUACUUUCAACUAUAUACAACAAUCAAUCGGAGAAAUAUAUUCUGUAGGCAUGUUAUUUUGUAUUUUGUCGGCUAUAUAUGAUUGAAUGUAAACUUUAAUCUGAAACGCUUCGUAAAUAAAAUUCAGUAAACUGCUUUUUCCUAUAAACAAUUGCGUAUAGCCAGCCCGAUAAUUAGCCCCGCUAUAUGCAAAUUCAAAGUUAUUACACCAUUAUUCUUUUCUUUUGAAAUUGAUUUUUUCCGCAAUCAAUAUACACGAAAAGAUUGGGAUAUAGCGGGAAUAAAUCGUCCGGCUACAUGGCUAAGCUACUGUCUUUAAACUAUUUCGAAUAAUUUUAGUAAAAGAAAAUAAGUUCAAGUUAUUGAUUGAUUUCAGUAAUUUGUUCCGUUUUUUUCUAAAUCUGAACCGCGUUAUUUCACAGCAAAAUUGAAAACGAAAUCAGUGCUAUCUUAAAAUAGAUACUGAUGCCCAGCAGAAAAUACGUAAGAGAGCCAUAACAAAAAUAAAAUUUAAAAUAUUUAUUAGAAAGCUAACGUUUCGUCUUUAACGUAAAACAUCUUCAGAGCAAUGAGAUACAAAGCGGAAAACACAGAAAUAUGAAUAAAUUACAACAACUUACAAGAAAUUAUAUUACCAAAGUAUAAAGAGGAGUGGAUUAGAGUAGAUGUAGAGGGACCAAACUGCCUUGUAAGUUGAGACAGGGUUUGAGUUUGUUAAUGAGAAGACUUUCUCGAAUGAGGAGUUUGUCUAGAGGAGAGCAACAAAAAAUAAUCUUAAAGUCAUUAGGAGAAGCGGAGUGACCAGUAAGAUUUUUUCUUGUUGCUCUUCUCUAGACGAACUUCUCAUUCGAGAAAAUCUUCUCAUUAACAAGCUCAAACCCUUUCUCAACUUACAAGGCAGUUCGGUCCCUCUACUUCCACUCUGAUUGAUCACUCCUCUUUCUACUUUUGUAAUAUAAUAUCUUGUAAAUAGUUGUAAUUUAUUCAUAUUGCUGUGGUUUCCGAUUUGUAUCUCAUUGCUCUGAAGAUGUCAAAAGUCAAAGACGAGACGUUAGCUUUCUAACAAAUUUUUAAACUUUAUUUUUGUUCUGGCUCUUUUACGUAUUUUCUGCUGGGCAUUAAUAUUUAUCUUAAGAUUACGAUUUGCGCCUGGUUCAUCUAUCGUAAGUAUUUGAAAUCAAUUUAUAUUGGAUGCGAUAGGUCAAAGCGAAAACAUUGAUAAAAUAUUUACCUUGCUUCAAAACAAACUUGUCCUAUAUUUCGCGAUCGCACUUAGUUUAUCAAUUCUUUUUACUUCUCAAAAAGAAAUUUCGGAAAGGCGAUUUUCAUCAAUUGAAAAUUGAAAUAGUGGUUAUCGCACUCCUGGCAAACAGUCAUGUUUUCUAGAUCUUUGACGCAGUUCGCCCGUAUACACAAAUGACGAGGCUUUUGACUUUGCUAUAAGGGAUCAUAACUUUUCUUUUCUCUUUUAAGUUCCUAAAAGUGGACCUAAUAUUACACAGAUUAAUGUCACCAGUUCAACUUCAAUCGCCGUUACAUGGGGAGAGGUACCUGCAGAGGAUACCAAUGGAAAUAUAACUCACUACUUUGUAUGUUAUAAAGUUCCAACAUCUUCAAAUAAUAAUUGUUCGAAUAUAAAACGAGUUGACGGUGUUAAUAACAGGAGCACUGUAUUAAAUAACUUGAACGAGUUUACCACCUACGUUGUCGCUAUUAAAGCUGCUACGUCAAAGGGAGCUGGACCACCUGGGCUGACGAAAAGCGCAAGAACAUCCGAAGAUGGUAAGUACUAA